GCUGCGGCGCCACGGCUGCUGAGGUCGGCGCUGUAGCCGCGGGGUCCGAGGGCGCCUGCGAGCUGCUUGGUUGCCUCUCGGCCCGCCGUGCAAGCGCUGGACCAGCAGCAUCAGCAGCAGAGCGGCAGCAGCAGUGACGAUUGGAGCACUGGAGGCAGUAGCUGCCGCGACAACAGUGACACCAUGGAUCUGUCCUUUAUGGCCGCGCAGCUGCCCAUGAUGGGAGGAGCCUUCAUGGACUCGCCCAACGAGGACUUCGGCGCGGAAUACUCCCUCUUCAACUCCUCCACCAACAUCCACGCGGCCUCCAGCAGCCAGGGCCAGCCGGAGGAGCCUCCGCGGUCCUCCAACGACGCCGUCUUGCUCUGGAUCGCCAUCAUAGCGACGCUGGGGAACAUCGUGGUGGUGGGGGUGGUGUACGCUUUCACCUUCUGAGGGGCGGCCUGCCGUGCCGGGCACGCGGGCGAGGCUCAGUCCCGCGUGCUGGUCCCGGGUUCCGUGGCUGUGGGCUUCUGGCUGCGCCCCCGUUCCAGGACCAGGAGUUCCUGGCGCCGGCACGGCCUCUCCGGGCGCAGUGGGCGUGCAUCUGGGAUUUCCGCGAGCAGCCCCAGUGUUAACAUUCCGUGCUGUGGUCCAGCUGAUCCCGAAAACACGGCCACACGGGCUCCCAGCCCCGUAGCUGGGGCGGGGGGAGCUCCCACCCCCAAGGCCUUUGAGGAGCAGAGUAGGGGAUUCUUAAAACUGCUUCCCAAGAGCAAGAGACCUGAAGGAACGGCCAGUGAGGUUCAAAAUACAGAUGUCGUUGUGCAAGCGCUGCCGGCAGUGAAUAAUCUCUCGAGUGUCUUGUUGCCAGGCAGACUUACCAUGCCCAGAUCGUGGGGUGCAGGCAGGAGCCCCCCUCAGAAUCUGAGUGUACCCAGCCCAGCCUUGGCCCCCGGGAAUGUCGGUGGUGGUCACUGAAGGGCUAUUGAAGGAACAUUCCUCGUCUGACUUGCAAGCGGCACCUUCCUCACCAGAAACCUGGCCCCUUCUGAGACCCCAAAAGCGCCAGGAAGCCCAGGGGUGGGGAGAUGAGUGGUGACAUGCUGGGACUUUGGGGUGGCGUUUUUCUCAGCUGGAUGGACUUUCUCUUCCUUUUAACAAGCGGAGAAGCCACCUUUAAAAACGAGAACUGCCGGUCAGUGGACGCACUUGAAGAUGCCCUUCGUUCCCUGAGAAAUCAGGCUCCUCGAGAUGAAUAAGGCCCUGUCCACCAGUCGCUGGGUGGACGGGCGGGAGAGGGGUGUGGCCGCCUGUGGUCGCCAGGCACGGCUGGUUGUGGAGGGGCUGGAUCAGGAGGGGUGCUUGCGGGCUCCACUCAGGGCCCUCUCUGAGCAGGUCCUCCUACCCCGGUUGCCCUCGGGGCAGUGUCCAGAGGGUCUUGAACUGCCUGCAGGGUGGAUGGAGCAGUCAGACACCCACAUUGUGAACUUGCUUUGGCUGCCUCCUGGUGUGUUGCAGGCAUGAAUGUACCUACCCAAGUCUGUUCCUGACAUUCUUAGAAGCCAGCGGCUGGGGGCCUGGCAAACAGGGAGCCCGCCCCACCAUGAGGUCAGGAGCAUGAUGGGACAUGCUGGGGGAGCAGCAGGAAAAGGGCUCAUUUUUCCUUUGACCUUAGGGAAGAUCACUGCACAGGACCCCUUUCUGGAGGGAGUGGGGGUCUUCCUCCCCUACAGGCCAGGUGGCUGUCUCCCUGCUUUCUCCCUGUGCUAUACAAGACAAAAUAAAUGUCACGAGCCCCCGCCCCCGUAGUCGAGAAACUAGAAAGGCUGGUUAGGAACCCCUUGUGUGCGCUCGGGCACAGUCACGGAGAGGCUGCGUUGCUCACUGUGGUCUCAGGGGAGAUGAGUGUACUUGACAACGGGCAAAGGGACGUCGUCACUGUCCAGAGGCAGCCACUCGCCCCUGGGAGGUUGGCACUGAGCUGCUGCGAUAACAGGGUUACCAGCCCUGCCCCGGACAGCACUGGCAGAUGGCUGCCAGCGUUUAUUGGUCACAUCUGUCAUUGCAGCCAUGCAGCCACCGCAAAUGCUGCGGCUCGAAGGGAGGUCAGGAGUGGGAGGGGCAGGUGCGACAUUGCAGAAGGGAAGAGACGUGGGACCUUCUGCCUGGAUGCAGUGCCUUCUGGAAUCACCACCGGGGCCCUGCUCUCUGCAGGACCGGCCUGGACACUGGGCUGGCUGGUGAGCCAUUGAGCGCCCGUCAUCCCAGCACACUCCACUCCAUCAAGCCCCUGUGUCUGCCAUGAGCAAAGUUUUCCCUAGGCAGGGAGCCCACGCAGGGAGGUCAGAGCCAGGCUGGGGAGGCAGCUCAGUGCAGGGAGGUCACUCCAGCCCUCCUGCCCUGUUUCAUCUCCUGACACCUUCACCCUGACGAGGCAGGUGGCAGCUCCCUGUUCUCCAAAUGGCCUGUGGAGAGGGAGCUGUGUGGGGAGGAGAUAAAGGGUGGAGGACUCCAGCCUCCCAGGCCGCCCUGGGGCCUGGCAGUCUCCUUCAUAAAGGCUUUCUCCCCCUGACAUUCAUUUUUUUUCAGUGUCAAGGCCAUGGAGACUCAGCGGCUUUAGGGACCCUCUUGUCCAAACUUGGCAUCGCACCGGUGACAGCGACUUGCCCAGGGCCAUCGCAUCCGACCUCCUGGGGUUUCCUUGUUGAUUUUUCCCACCGUUUCUCAGAGAACAGUGGGGAUAGCUGUGUGCGGUAAAGUUCUAGCCAGAGUGUUCUGCGCUGUUCCUCCUGUCUGAGUUGGGGUUCUGUCUUGAACCUCAGGUAAAAGGCAGAAAGAGAUGCAACACCGUUGUUUGAGAGGCGUGUCCAGGCUCCGUGUCAGACUGGCGUGCACGUAUGUAAUGCUCAUGGGUACCUAACAGCGUCAUCACUCCGGCCCAGAGACGAGGAGCCAGAAGCUCAGCGCAGUGAUCUUAGCAGAGUGACUGGCUGGAGGCUGCACAGCGUGGAAGUGGUGAGCUGCGGUGUGGCCCUGGACCGUCCGGCUCUAAAGCCGAGCUCUUUCUGCAGCACCGGGCUGCCUUUGGUGUUUCUUGGCCACCUUUACACCAGCCCCUGCGUCUCCAGAGGUCCUCUUCCACGGGCUCGCAGCGUGGGUGGCCUGGGCCAGCUCUGGCUUCCACCGGUCGAAGUCUCUGGCCUUGCUUGGAACAGAGCACGCUCCUCCCCUGGCCAACACUCUCCACCCGAGCUGCGGGGUGGUGGUCUCUGUAGCCUUCCCCUCCUUGAAGGCUGAGUACAGUUUUCUGUGGACGCCAGAGGAGCUCCCAGAGACCAGCUUUCCGAGGACACGUGCCGAGAGGAGCCCCACAGGGGCCCCUGAGGAGUGAGGCACGUGCCCUGCAGCUGGAAUUGCUGAGGAGGGUGGUGGGACAGUCAGAGUUGCAGGUUGGCUCCGGCCAGGGCCCAGGCCUCCUGCUGAACCCCAGGGCUGCCCUGAGCUGGGGGGACAGGUGGGGGAGGGGAUGGGUGCUCCUUUCUCAGACCAGCCUGGGUCUCCCGUGCUGGCUUCUCCUGGGCGGGGUGGUCCCAGCACCCACCUUAACUUGAGAAGCCAGCCCUGAGAAGGAGCAGCUGGACCCUUCAGUGGCUGCUCCUGUGAGAAGGGGUCCUGCAUUUUCCAGAACAUUCUCUGUGCACACUUUGACUCCAUUUCCCUUUUGCAAUCUGUAGGUGUCCCACACUGGCGUUUGUUUGCACGAGGGGCACAUGUUGCUGAACACAGCAACACCUGCUUUACCAGGUCCAGUCCUGUGCUGUCCCUGGAGCUUGGCGGGGAGGCUGGAAGACCCUCCAGCCUGUGUUCUACGGGGAUGCCACCUCCUGCUGGGGCCUGGGCAAGGGGAUCGCUCUGCCAGCUUUUGCCUGUUGUGGCUGCCCCUCCUCUUUUCCAUGAGAUCAAGGUCAAGAGGCAAAUGAGGCGCCCUUGACCCUCUCUGUCCCCCAGAGAGAUGAUUAUUUCCCCUCUAGGGCCUCCUCCAGGAUCCAGGGAUGGCCGGCUGGCGGCACUGGCCUGGAGCAAUAGGCUGUCUUCCCGCCAUCUAAGUGGGGAGAUUGGCCUCCCUGGAGACCGGAGAGGCCUGCCAUCUGCACCCUGAGGCUAACUCCUGCCAGGCAGGCCAGCCCUCCUCUCGAUUCCUGGUUCGGGGUGACGCCAUUAAUGGCCGUUCUCCCUGCUGUCGUGCAUCCUGCCCCUUCCCUGUGCACCUCGUUUACUCCUCAGACCACCUCCCGCCCCCGGGGCAGCAGUGCAGGUGCGGAGGAGCGCACACUCAUUGGCAUGGCUGCUCUUCUCUGUUGAGGGCCUGCAGCUGGGCUCUGUGCCCGAGGACCCACAGCUGAGGAGCUGUGACUGGGUUCCACCUCUGUCGAACCC